CCCUUACUCACGUAGUCUACUUGUCUGAACGCGGCGACGUGCUGUUGGGGACCUUCCUCAAAAUCAUCGCAAAACUUCUGGAGCAGUAUUCACGCACACCUAGGUUAAAUUAAAGUAAAGAAAAUGGCUCAGUUUAACAAAGGACCCGCAUACGGUUUAUCAGCUGAAGUUAGGAGCAAGAUCGCUCAGAAGUAUGACCUACAGAAGGAGGAAGAGCUGCGCUACUGGAUCGAGGAGGUCACCGGCAUGCCUAUUGGAGAUAACUUCCAGGUGGGGCUCAAGGACGGCGUCAUCCUCUGCGAGCUGAUCAACAAACUCCAGCCUGGCUCUGUAAGGAAAAUUAACAACUCCAAGCUCAAUUGGCAUAAGCUGGAGAACCUGAGCAACUUCAUCAAAGCCAUCCUCGCAUAUGGGAUGAAACCGAACGACAUAUUCGAAGCUAAUGACCUGUUCGAGAACGGGAACAUGACGCAGGUCCAGACCACACUGCUCGCUCUGGCUGGCAUGGCAAAGACCAAAGGCAUGGACACCAAGGUUGACAUUGGUGUGAAGUAUGCCGACAGGCAGGAGCGAAAUUUCAACGAUGAGAAGCUAAAAGCUGGAAACUGCGUCAUCGGCUUACAGAUGGGGACAAAUAAAUGUGCCAGUCAGGCUGGCAUGACGGCUUAUGGCACCCGGAGACAUCUUUAUGACCCAAAGACCCAGACAGACAAGCCGUAUGACCAGACUACUAUUAGCCUGCAGAUGGGCACCAAUAAGGGAGCAAGCCAGGCUGGCAUGGGUGCACCAGGUACCCGGAGAGACAUCUACGACCAGAAGGUGUCUCUGCAGCCGAUGGACAACACCACCAUCUCACUGCAGAUGGGCACCAACAAAACAGCAUCACAGAAGGGCAUGAGCGCCUAUGGCCUGGGCAGGCAGAUCUACGACCCCAAAUACUGCCCGUCUGGAGAGGCUGGAACCCACACUAACGGAAGCCAGGGCACAGGAACCACCGGUUCCGAGGUCAGCGACACCGACUACCAGGCCGACUACCAAGCAGAUUACCACCACGAGUACCAGCCACAAUACGAUGAAUACCGUGGGCACUAUGACCAGGGCAUCGAUCAGUAGAUGGCUGAAUUACAGUGUUCAGAUCGAGAUGUUACGCCCCUCCCCCCCACAAACCCUCCUUGUUUUUUGGUUCUUAUUUCAACAGAGCAAGAUCUCUUUCCUUGCUGGCCUUAAAGAAACUGAUACAGAGGGAGCAAAAGUUGCCUUAAUACUCAUUCCUGUGUAGAUUAUCAGUAUUGUAUUUUGUUUAUUAUUUUAUUGCUGAGAAUUAUGUUUGAAAGUUUUUUUAUUUUAUUUUAUAUAUAUAUAAUUUGAAUUGUUUUAAGACUAUUUUAGCCUGGGUGUCUGUAGAAUGCCAAGAGUGCAGCCUCUGCUUCAGAGUCUUCUUUGUUCACCUGAAAUUUGAUUUACAGGAUGUUCAUCUCAUUCUGGUUGUCUGAUUGGCUCAGUGCUCUUGGACUCUGAGCUCAAGGAGAGGUGGGUGGGUGUGUGUGUG